UCAGAGGCCCACUCCCCCCAAGGCGACCCCCUUCUCUCAGCCCCAGCUGGAAAGGUAGCCUCCCCUCCUACCUUUUUGGCCCAAACGUCUGACAGGAACAAGCCGCCCAGCGACCCCAAACUUUGCCCAGAAAGAAGGCGCCCAGGGAGAGGAGCAGCGGAGGAAGGUCCUGUGUCACCAUGCAGCAUUAUGGAGUAAAUGGUUAUUCUCUCCAUGCUAUGAAUUCCUUGAGUGCCAUGUACAACCUUCACCAGCAGGCAGCACAGCAAGCUCAGCAUGCCCCAGACUACAGACCAUCGGUGCAUGCCCUCACACUGGCUGAGAGACUGGCUGACAUCAUUUUGGAGGCCCGUUAUGGCUCCCAGCAUCGCAAACAAAGAAGAAGUCGUACCGCUUUCACAGCCCAGCAGCUGGAAGCCCUGGAGAAAACAUUCCAGAAGACCCACUAUCCAGAUGUAGUGAUGAGGGAGAGACUGGCAAUGUGCACCAAUCUGCCAGAAGCAAGAGUACAGGUUUGGUUUAAAAACCGAAGAGCUAAGUUCCGGAAGAAGCAGCGCAGUCUGCAAAAGGAGCAGCUACAGAAACAGAAAGACUCUGAAGCCAACCACAGUGAAGGCAAGGCAGAGACACCCGUCUUAGAAACACAGACUCCAGCUCCUGAUGCAGACAAAUCUCUAAGCUUGCCCAGUGAUGUAAACACAGAGCUCAAUCUAACCCUGUCAGAGCAGUCAGCCAGCGAGUCAGCAGCUGAGGACCAAACAGACAGAGAGGAGGAAUUCAAGAUAUCAUUAGAGGAGAACAAAGCAGAAAAGAGCCCUGGAGCAGAAAACAAGGCCCUGAAUAGCAAGAGGGCAAGUCCAAAGGCAGAUUCCCCCAUCAGUGCUACAGCCACACCAUCUUCCAGCAGCAGUCUGUCUCAGACCCACUCCUACUCUUCCUCGCCCCUCAGCCUCUUCCGCCUGCAAGAGCAAUUCCGCCAACACAUGGCAGCCACAAACAACUUGGUCCAUUAUUCAUCCUUCGAAAUGGGGAACCCUCCAACCAUGCCGUACCUGGGCAUGAAUGUCAACAUGGCACCCCUAAGCUCACUGCACUGCCAGUCUUACUACCAGUCACUCUCCCAUGCCCAGCAGGUGUGGUCUUCUCCUAUACUCCAGGCCUCCUCUUCCCUCCCAAGCCUGAACAGUAAAACAACCAGUAUUGAGAACCUACGCCUGCGAGCCAAGCAACAUGCUGCCUCUCUGGGCCUGGAUACUUUACCAAACUGAGCAUCAGGCAGGCAGGCAAAGAAAAAACAACAACAUGGUAAGAGCCCCCAAACAGCAGGUGACUACAAGGAAACACGCUAUGUCUUUGCUGCUUGAACAGGUUGGUUUUUGACAUGGGACAUACAGCUCUCAGUGCUCUCCCUCAUUAAGGUUCUUCUCCUCAUGAGGAAACGUUGUUCUGGUUUCUAUCCUGGGCAUUGCUACCAUGUGUUUCCACUGGCCCAUUUUAAAAAAAGGAAACUACUGAAAGGACAUAUGUUUUAAAUGUGAAAUUGUCUUCAGAACUGUGAGUCAAAUAUGUAAUAUUUGGAAAGAUUUGUUUGAUGAUGCUACAAUAAAUGUUAAUUGCUUUGUUUCUCUGGGGGAGGGAGGAAGAGAAAGCCCUGCUUCAUACUGUAUAUAGUUUAUAUGAUAUUGGAGAUGUUCCUUCACUUGUGUGUUAACGUCAGUGUUGCCUUAUGCAGAAUUGUGAAGCACUUCCCUUCUCAUUCCUUUUACAAUUAUACUUAUAUAGUAGAUAGAACCAACACUGUAAUCAAAAAUUACAAAAAAGAAAAAAGAAAAAACUAAUCUGUUUAUCAGUUGAUCUCAUGUGGUCAUCCAGGUUCAGUUUAACAUAAAAAUAUUCUGAAGUCCUGGUGCCAUCAACUCCUCAGGUCCUUUGUAACCACCACACAUUCCUAAUGCCAGGUCACCUUUAAGAUUUAGCUUCUCUGUGAGCAGUCCCAUCUUCCAAUAGCAAAGUAUCAGCUUCCAAAACACUUCUUCAAAUGAAAGGUGUGAAAGCAAGGAAAGCACUAGAAGAUCUUUUCCACACAUUCCAAACUUCUUGGUUUUUUUCAAUUUCAUUUUUUCUUUUGGUCCACUGAAGUGUACAAUGAAAGCAUUUGAGUAGGAAAAUUGAGAAUAGUUAAAAGGUUGUACACACACUUAGAAAGUCCCUUGUGCUUCUUUCAUCAGCUGACUCCAGGAUUGACCACAAUGUAUUUGCUGCUUUUAAGAAGAAGGAAUAGCAAAAACCAUGCCUCCUCAAAUGCACAGUAUCCAAUACCUCUCAAGUUGUUUUGGGCUCGAACAGACAGGCCAAAAUAAAGCUGCUUCGGG